AUGGGCCAAGACGACGGUGUAUUAGUAGGCGCAUAUGGUAUUGACACUAGUAGAGUCGGAAUCAAGGUUGUUGGAGAUGAUGGCGUUGGCUGCUCAAAGGUUGAUUUCGGUUUUAGUGUAAGGGUUGAGAGUUGCGCGUUAAGGGUAAAGAUAUGGGAGGUUGUUUGCAGAAUGUCGUGGAUGAUUUUGGAAGAGGGAAAGGGUUUGACGGUGAUGAUUCAUCUAGGAGGUGAAGAAUUUGUGUUAAGACUGUUUUGGAUAGGUUUAUGCACAGGUUUAUGGUCUGCCUGUAGCAUGAGUUUUGGCUCAAGUUUGGACAAGAGGAAUUGGUGUAGGAGUAGGGACAGGUUUGGGCAGCAACUAAUGCAAAGUGUUGGACUAGUUUUUGUGAUGCAGGAUAGUAGUAGAGUGGGCAGCAGGUCUUGA